UGGCUCCGGAAGCAGAUCCCAUGCCGACACCGUUUUCAGACCAUCUGUGCAACGUCUUGAACGUACAGCAAAGGCGUUAAUGUUCAAUAGUACUACAGGGAAACUUGACACAAGUAGAUAUACACAAUGGGAUCAGCUCCAUCAAAUGAGGCCAAUAGAGAAAUCCAUCUACCGCCAACACCCAGCGCUCCAAUAAGUCAGGGCACCCUUUCUAUUAAAGUUUCAAACAUCAUUUCAACUAAAUCUAAAAUGUCAGAUUCAGAUACUACUAGUUUGUCAUUAUCUGAACAUUCAAAUGGCGAUAAUUCUUCAAUGGCGGAUGAGGAUGAGGCUGGCAAGAGCAUAGUCACUUACAUGUCCGAAGAUGAAUUGAACGAGUUUACAACCAAAACACACAUGAUGUUAAGGACAAGUGCUUUAGAGGCAAUGGCCAUAAAGCAAAAGUUGAACGAUGAUGGACUUUAUGUUGAGAAAAUAAAAGCUACACUUGAAUUAUUUUACGAAGCGUGCACUAUGCUUAAACUAGCGUCAUUAGAACACAUUAUAAAAUUCCAACAAGAAGUAGCGAAUAUUUUGCUACAAACAAAAUUUAUAAACAUUUUAUGUGAGUGCGUAAUGUCGAUGCAUAUUCGUGGUUUAGUGAGUUCGGACGGGAUUGUUGACAUGCCCGGUUAUACCAUAACAAAAUUGGCAUUAAUAAUUGCGUUGAAUUAUUCCGAUGAGUCUGAUGACGUUGUAACCUCACUGAUCAACUAUGAAAAAUACCUUGAAACAAUCAAAAAGAUGCUAGAAGAAAGAACUGAAAGGCAUCUUAAAAAUGAUAAAUCGAAGUUAUCGCAAUAUGAUUUGGAACUUAUUGCAACUUUAUUGGGUGUUGCACACAAUAUCGCGAUGAGGUCGAAUAUACAUCGUCUCCGGAGCCUCAAUUUCACUGACGUUAUAAAGCCGUACCUUACCUCCUGGGAUGAAACAUGUAGCCUUCUUGCCCUAGCAGUACUAGCUGCGAUCAUCAACGAGGCUGAAUGCGAUAUCAUUAAUGCAGCCCAUGAUAAGGUCCAAUAUCUCUUGAAAGUGCUUGAGAAUGGUCUUAAUUCAAAACAGCGACGUUCCUCCGAUGGAUGGUCGUGCAAAGAAUGCGCCUAUAUUGUAAGAAUGCUGGCACAGAAUGACGCAAACAAGCAAUUGCUAGUUCAAAUCGGGGCUCUGGAAUUGCUCGUGAAAAUGGGCCUCACAGGAAACGACGAGGAGGAACGGUGUGAGAGUGUAAGCGCCCUGUGGGCACUGUGUUUUGACAAGACCAACCAACAGAAGGUGGCAAAGAACGAAAAUCUAGGGUUGGUGGAGUUGUUAUUUGAACUAAAAACGUCUGAAGAUGCCCGGAUACGGAAGGCAUGCAACGGUGCCUUGUGGACGCUCAGAGAUGUGUUGGCAUCGUCGGAAAUCCAGAAGUUUAGGAUAUUUGCACUAAGACUGGACGCGGACAUUUCUCAAAAAGUAGAGCGCGAAGAAAACAAAGGAGCAGAAACUAAAGAAACAGACGCUCCCCGAGGUCACAUAAUGAUUUCGUACCAGUGGGAUAAUCAACAAUUACUGAAAGCCAUCAGAGACAAACUGAAAGAAAACAAGUUUAAGGUUUGGAUGGAUAUUGACGAGAUGGGAGGGUCAACAGUUCAAGCAAUGGCCAGUGCAGUGGAGAAUGCAGAACUAGUACUGAUGUGCGUGUCACAGAAAUACAAGAACAGCCCUAACUGCAGAGCAGAGGCCGAGUAUGCAUUCCAAAAGAAGAAGAAUAUAAUACCUUUGAAGAUGGACAGGGGUUACGACCCGGAUGGAUGGCUAGGUUUCAUAUGUGGGGCUAAGUUGUUCUACGAUUUCAGCGGAAAAUAUUCUUUUGAUGAUAAAUUGAAUGCCCUCAUACGGGAAUUAGCAAAGCACUGGACUAGUAAAGGUCUACAGUCAGAACUAAGCAUACAACCAGAAGUUGUUACAAAGAUUCAUACACAGCCUGUUGUAGCAUUUGACCACGCAGAUUCUGCAUCCGCGCCGAGUUCCUCGAACAGAGUAUUAGUUUCCAUGGAAAUCAUUGGCUCUGUGAGGAAAUGGACAGACUCUGCACUUAAAACAUGGAUCGAUACGAAUGGUUUGAAAAGUGUACUACCAUCCAAUAUCAACAGAGAUGACAUAGCAUUGCUGCUGAAGAUGAUGACAGAGUCGCCAGAUUUCUUUUACAGAUGUACAAAUGAUAUGUUGAAAAUUCGUAACCUGUCUUCGCUGUCAAAAUUAGUGUGGGCUUUGCAGUCGAUAACCACGAACUGACACAUACAUUGUUAAGGAGUCAAAUGUCCAAAGGGCAAAACUCCUGACCAGAUUUGAAUAUGAGUGAUUUGUGUAGUAUUUAAAAUGGGAGUAUUUAUAUAUUUGAUAUCAAGUUACUUCAAAUCAAUAAAUCAGCCAAAGUAAAAGAUUGUAUUUUUGGAGAAAAAAUAUAUUAUACUUGAACACUUUAAAUGGUCUUUGACAUUUAUCAAUGCUGAUAUGCUACAACUUAUGUGACUUGCAACCACGGUAUUGUGUGGGGCUGAAGCCUAUUCCAUCAGGUCUUAUAUUCAUGUACAGCAAGUUAUAGCAAAAACAUCGAAAUACACAGUACGCUAUAGCAUGUUUUUAUUCCAUGCAUUACGUAUACAUGUCUAAAAUAUAGCUUUUGAACUGUAAUUUUGUAAUUGUCUCAUUAACAGAUAACUUAAAUUGUAUGUAUAUUUGCAUAUUAACGUUAACGUUUAAGACAUAUAGUGAGUGUGAUUAAGUGUGAACUAGUACCAAACUUCUAAGUAAUAUUUGUGUAUUGCAACUUUUUUGAGGUUUUAUCUUUGACAUCCUUCUUUUGUGUUAUGGGGUAUGUUCUCUAAUUCAUCAGCCUGGUAGGAUAUUAGGAGCACGAUUAAAAAAUUACUUUGGUGUUGUUUUUUAAGAAUAAAUAUACUAUAAUUGUGGUUUCUGUAGUAUGUUAUAUUAUUUCAUUUCAUUUAUUGUUUGAGAAGAAGUUAAUGUUCAUUAUUGCGUUGUCAUUAGUGAAAAUAAACGCUUAACACGUUUUUCGAUAUUUUACCAGGUUCAACAAAUACAAAAGUGUAUAUUUCGAUGAAAUCGAUAUUUUCACUUGGAUAAUAAUAUAUUCAACCGAAAGGAAUAUUAUAAAAUAUGACAUUAUAUAUAAAACAAAGAUUAACAUAUAUUUCAUUAAUUUACAGAAAAAGACAUUCCAACUGCAUCGAGUUGAUAACAUAAAAUAAUUAACUAUUAAUUGAAAUGUUGAGAUGUUAUAUUGAUCUCUUCUGUCAGGUAUAUUUGCAAUAUACCUUUUGACGCAUCCAUUAAAUGUAUUCUUAUGUGUUUUGUACCGCAUACAUCUGGUUUCAACCUUAAUUGUAUCUAUGAAGCACUGGACUUUAAAAAGCUAUGUUUAUAUCAAAUAAUCAAAUUAUCAACAACUGAAAAUAAUACAUUGCUCAACAAAGUAUGCUUUUACGUGUAUAAUUCAUUUUAAGUAAGGGAUAGUAAUACAUUUGUACCGAGAUGACACAUGCAUGUGUUAAAUGGUCGUUUAAACGGUACUGCAAAUACUGUAUUUGACUACUUUUAUCAAUUGCCAAUAUUAUCAUUUCAAUGCAGUCAUCGUGCAGGUUCCUAAAGAUCUUUUACGACAACAGGGCUGUAAUAAUAAAUUGGCAUGCAUUGUAAUACAGCUAUUAUGCCAUGUUGAACCAAAGUCCUCAAAACAACUAUACAUAUAUAUAGCAUAUAACAUGUACUUUGGAUCAUCUAUAUUUUGAUUUCGUAGGUGGUUUGUAUAAGGUUUAUGAAAUGCUUGUUUAUAAAUAUCAAACGUCGUGAUUAAAUACAUUUUAGUGUGUACGUUUGUAAAGAUACAGGAACCGUUUAAUAAAAUCAUUUAAAGUAAAUAUUGUAAUGUUACAAGAGCCUUUGGGCUGCCUAUAUUUAGUUUCGUAUAGAAAUCAAGCAAAUACUUAUGCUAAUGCUAUUGUUACAUGCAUGAGUCGUAAUUGACAUGCAUUUUAUUUGAGCUAACUCUUAAUUAGCAUAUUAUCCGAAAAAAUUCUAUUACUAUCAUGUAUUGUUCUGGUACUCUCAAGCAUGUACAAAAUGCUGUAUACAUAUUAGAAUCAUAAGCAUGCGCCUCGUGAAACGAAAUGUGUUACUUCGGGUUAGUACAACGUAUUAUUAUUAUCAAAUUGAUAUUAGAAAACCUAAUAUAUGUCAAAUACAGUAUUUUUGAUAGAUUGCUGUAUUUAACUAGCUGUAUUACAAUUUGAUAUAUCAUGUACAUACUAUCGAUCAUUAAUAAUGUAUUAGUCCAAUAUUUAUUAACACACAUAUGUAUU